AUGAAUUUAGAAUUACUUUUAAAUUUCUCAAAAAAUUUUGCUAAAUGUUUAGAAAAUCCGGAAGGAUAUAAUGUUAUAAUACGAAUUGGAGAGGGACCUGAUAUCAAGACUUUUAAAGCACAUUCAUUUGUGUUAAAAGCUCAAUGCCCUUAUUUUAACGCCGGUUUAUCGAGUGAAUGGGUUAAAAAAGAAGGUGACAACAUCGUGUUUGAAAAACAGAACAUAUCAGCCGAUGUUUUUAAUAUUAUUUUAAAGUAUCUAUACACUGGAAUGGUCUCAAUAGAUGAUUGCCUUCCGUCAAAAAUAACUGAUCUUUUAUGUGCUGCAGACGAACUAAUUCUUCCCGAGAUGAUUGCUUAUGUCGAAGAACAAUUCAUUCUUCAACAUAAUAAAUGGUUAUAUGAAAAUUUUGAUAAAAUCCUUCACACAGCAUUUAAACAUGAUCUUUGGAAAAAACUUCAAGAAUUUUGUUUAGAUCAUAUAUGUCCAAAUCCUGAUAUAGUAUUUCGAUCAAGUAAUUUUCUUCAAUGUGAUGAAUCAAUUUUGGAAAAUUUACUACAACGUGAUGAUUUAAAUAUGAAAGAAAAUAUGCUUUGGGAUUUUCUUGUUCAAUGGGGAUGUGGUCAGACACCUCCACUGGGAAAUAAUUUUAUGGAAUGGUCGGAUGAAAAUUUUUCAACAUUAAAAGAAAGAUUACAUAAAUGUAUACCUCAUAUUAGAUUAUCAGCAAUAUCACCUGAAGAUUUUUACGCAAAGGUUAGACCGUUGAAAAAAAUAUUUCCAGAAGAGUUAUACGAAGAAGUUCUUUGGCACUACAUUAAACCUAGAAAUGCACUUAAAUUCAAUUUAAUUCAUCCACCACGAUCUGAUCCUGUUAAUUCAAGUAUUAUUAACCUUAAACAUGUUGCAAUGAUUGCGAGUUGGGUAGAUCCGAAUCAUGUCGAUAAUGCUAUUUAUAUUUAUCCAAGUUAUGGGCCUCAAUGGGGACAGAAUGAUUUGAAAACUUGGGGAAGUUUUAAUGCGGAUUGUUGUCAAUGUCUACGUCAAAGAUAUGAAUAUCCAAUUAGAUCGAGUCCAGAUGUGUUUUCUGCAGAAGAAUUUGAGGUUUUUCAUUUAGUUAAAAGACAAUAA